GGUCUUUGUGAAAGACCAGCGGGGUGGAGUUUCCUUUGUUUGUUGGUUUUGUUUUUAUAUACGACCUGUAUAACAGAUUAACAGGUGCAAACGGCUUCAUUAAUACUGUAAUCAAACAGCAGUAUUGUCUGGAACGACUUCUACCCAAUGGUUCCGUGAUCAAUCUUUUCCAGCGGGGCACAGGGUGAAUCGAAACGAGCGCUCCGCACCACUCGGCAGAUUGGGGUGGCGGACCACUUAUAUCCCUCCGUGUCGCCUUUGGGAGGACUUACAUUCUUCACGAGUAGGUUUGAGCACGCGCAGACAGGCUGUACUUGCUGGUCGUCCAGUUGGCAAACUGACGAAGUUGUCUUCGGAAACUUGUAGGAUCAAACACCAAAAACAUUAUGACUUCGACUAACAUGUUUCAAGGGCUGGACACUGGGACGAAACCAAGCUCCAGGGUGUUGCAGCCUCCCGGAGGUGGCUCCAGUAACUUGUUUGGUGGCUAUGAAGACGACUCUGCAGCAUCAAGAAGACCUAAUAAGAUGGCCUCUAAACUGUUUGCUCCACCAGAGGACUCCCAGAGUGUACCCACUCGCUCUAAUCCUCCAGGUGGGAAGAGUAGCGGCAUAUUCGGGGAUCCUGAACCUGCAGCUCGGCAACAGAGACACAAACCUCCUGGUGGACCAGCCAGCAACAUAUUCGGUGCUGCAGAGAGUGCACCUGUCCAAAGCGCAAGCAGAAGCCACCCAAAUAAGCCAAAGGACCAUAUAAGUCUGGGACCUGAAUCCAAAUCAUCACCUGCACUAGAAGCCAAGGUCAGCCAACCUGAGGUGAAGGAGGUGGCCCCCCCAGCUCCCAUGCCAGCCAAGGAAGAGCCUGCUGCUGUGCCAGCCCCUGCUGUGCCCGAGCCCCCUUCCUCUUCCUCACCUCCUAAGAAGACUCAUCCGACUGUUGAGGGCAAGAACCACGAGCCUCAUCUGGGACCCAAGCCUCGUUCUCACAACAGGGUCCUCAACCCCCCUGGAGGAAAGUCUAGUGUGGUAUUCUACUGAUCAGCUAAACACGCAUCUCCUCCCUGUUUGUGUUCAUGCACUCUUUGUCUGCUCCCCUGUCAAUCGUCUCUCAUUCCACCACGGUUAUUUCACCUGUACAUUUAAACACAGAGCAGGACGUUUUGUUCUUCUCACCAGAUUCCUAUUCACAUAUGUUGUCCUCAACUUCUUGCACUUUCAGCCCCAUUUCUUGCUUCCAUCUCUUUGUCUUAUUCUUCAUAUUCAAUGAAACCUGCAAUCACCAAUCAAUCAACAGGCUAGCUAUUACCUAAUCACUUUUACUGUCACUCUGUUCAAUUGCUGUUUUUUCGCUGUUUCUGUGACAGUUGGUCAUUUUGAAAACAUUUUUGCAUCUCAGGAAUGGUUUAGACAUUGGCGUGCUUGUACAAUGAUCAGCUUUAAACAAUACAGGCAUUUGCUCAAAUUUGAAGGCUCUUGUUUAAGGCUCCUUAUUAUGUAGCCAUUCAAUCAGCAGGGGGUGAAUACAUCGCCUAUGUAAAUUGUUUCAGGGAGUUCCACUAGUGCCACUUUUUUUUUUUUUUUAAAUAAAUGUGUUGCUGGAUCUUUAUUGGAUUGCUACAUAAACCCGUCUAUUUUUUGCAGUUUUAAAAAAUAAUACAUGUGUUGGACUCGAACCAAUGACUGUAUAAAUGAAGCCUUAUAUCAGCUUAGCACGUUUUCAUCUUUCUUGACUUCUCAUUAAUAAUCCCGUCAUUUCAACAUGUGUCUAACAUUAAUUGCUGCUGCUGAAGCACAAUCUGUUCAAGGAUAAAUGCCAAAAAUGGAAUGAAACAAAGAUGAAUGCAAUUGUUUACUCAUUAAUGUUUCUGCUUCCUUAAAGAAAAUUCCAUUUUGAUUGUAUGCGGAUGUAUUACGCUGGUACUUUUCUGCUUUCUCUUUGUUGCUUUGUUGAACAUGCCUUUUAUGCUUGGGGUAGGCCUCUGUUUAUGUUUUAAAUUAAAACGGCUGAAGACAAGUGAACUCUGGACAAUCGCGUGGUCUACCUGGGUCCAGGUGGCCUCAUUGAUAAAAACAUUUUCACCCAAUUCAUGACUCACAUUAAUGGUAUUCUGGUGCCGGCCUGCCCCCCACCCACCCCCACCCGUAUGUUGAUGUGCCUAGCGCAGCAGAAGAAAAUCCUGUAUUGCAAUAAAACUCUUGUUUUG